AUGGAUAAAAGUAUUUCUGAAAAAGACGUGUCAAAGUCAAAAAACAAACCUUUUAUACCCGAUGAAUUGUCACUGCUUUCUGAGCUAGUGUAUAAGCAUAGAUUUAUACUUGAAAAAGUUGGUAAACAAUAUUCAACAGUAGCUGACAAAAGAAAUACUUGGGAAUCAUUGGCUAAUGAAUUCAAUAGCGCAGGAUUAAAUGUUACUCGUUCUUCUGACCAGCUUAAGAAAAAAUGGGACAAUAUCAAACAAAGUAGAAAGACAGAAAUAAGAGACACAAAAAGGCAUCAAUAUACAACUGGUGGAGGCCCAUCGUGUCAGCCAAUUAUUAAUGACUGUCCAGCCGACCAGUUUUUAAAUGAAAUAACUGAUAUUGAAUUAAUUGACACACCGGAUAGUGAUUACAUACCAUUACACUGCAGUGUACCUACAACAAUAGAAAACAAAAUAGUUUCAGAUCAACCAGUUUAUUUUAUAACUACCACUUCAACAUCUAAUAACAUUUCACCUACAUCACCAAAAGAAUGUCCAACAGGAAAAAAGGAUAGUGACAAGAUGAAAAAAAAUGAGGACUUUGAACAGAAACGUUUGGAAAGUUUCAACCAUGAAGCUGAAUUAAGGAUUAAAAGACAAAUGAAUUUAAUCGAACAAGAUAAAACAAUCCAUGCUUUAGAGUUUCCUUUGUAA